AUGGUGGUUGGACGAUUAACACACUAUGCUUUCGACGCUGUCCUUAUUUCUGCUUUCUUGGCAGGUAUGAGGCGAUCGACCGGUUUGACACCCAGUUUCAAGCCAGAGAAAGUCGCCGGUGACAAUAAAGAAGUCUCAAGGUGGAUUGACAAGUAUCUCGGUGUUGGCGAAUGGGUGUUGGAUCAAUCCGUUGCUAUCGCAGGCUCAAGCGGGUUCUUUGAACGGAGGCGAUGA